UGAUUUUUCCUUUCCCCCCCCCCCCCCCCUUCUCUUUUUUUCCAUGCUCCUUUAUUGAGCAACUGGUUGUUAUUGCAGAGGUCACCGAGGGGACCAGCGGAGGCUCUGGAGUCUGGCAUCAGGAAAUAUGACAGCAGAACUGUAUGCCUGUUAACAUAAGGGAUCUACUGAAGAAGAAAGACAAAAUGCCUUUCAAAGGGUUUGGUUCACUGAAGGAAAGCUUUUUUAACCCAGGAAAGGAAGAGGUGAAGAACACCAUUAGUGACUCGCUGGGGAAUCUGAGAAGGAAAAUCGAUGGCACCAAUGUAGAGGAGGAUCACAUUGAGCUGACGGAAGAUGGGCGGCCUGUGCAGGCAAGCACCCGCAAACUGGUGCCGUGCGACUGCUACUGCUGCGGGCUGCCCAAGCGCUACAUCAUUGCCAUCAUGAGUGGUCUGGGCUUUUGCAUCUCCUUCGGAAUUAGGUGUAACCUGGGUGUUGCCAUUGUGGAAAUGGUGAACAAUAACACUGUUUAUAUUAAUGGAAAACCAGAGCUGCAGAAAGCCCAAUUCAACUGGGAUCCAGAGACAGUGGGACUCAUUCAUGGCUCUUUUUUCUGGGGUUACAUUGUGACACAAAUUCCAGGAGGGUUCAUCUCAAACAAAUUGGCUGCUAACAGGGUAUUUGGAGCAGCUAUCUUUCUAACAUCUACACUGAACAUGUUCAUCCCUUCUGCAGCCAGAGUGCAUUAUGGCUGUGUAAUGUUUGUAAGGAUUCUGCAAGGUCUGGUGGAGGGCGUCACCUAUCCAGCUUGCCAUGGGAUGUGGAGUAAGUGGGCUCCUCCACUGGAGAGAAGCAGGUUGGCCACCACAUCGUUCUGUGGGUCUUAUGCAGGUGCAGUGGUUGCCAUGCCGCUGGCAGGUGUGCUGGUACAGUAUAUAGGAUGGUCAUCAGUCUUUUAUAUUUAUGGAAUGUUUGGGAUUAUUUGGUACAUGUUCUGGCUGCUUCAUGCCUAUGAGAGCCCUGCUGCACAUCCAACAAUAACCAAUGAAGAAAAAAUAUAUAUAGAAACAAGUAUUGGAGAAGGAGCCAGCCUAGCUAGUGCAAGUAAAUUUAGUACUCCCUGGAAGAGAUUUUUCACUUCAAUGCCAGUUUAUGCAAUCAUUGUGGCAAACUUCUGCAGAAGCUGGACCUUCUAUUUGCUCCUUAUAAGUCAGCCUGCUUACUUUGAAGAAGUCUUUGGGUUUGCAAUAAGCAAGGUUGGCCUUUUGUCGGCAGUUCCUCACAUGGUCAUGACAAUCAUCGUACCCAUUGGAGGGCAGCUAGCUGACUUCUUACGGAGCAGGAAGAUUUUAACCACUACCACUGUAAGGAAGGUCAUGAAUUGCGGAGGCUUUGGGAUGGAAGCAACCUUGCUUUUGGUGGUUGGUUAUUCUCAUACAAAAGGUGUGGCUAUUUCCUUUCUGGUGUUAGCAGUAGGUUUCAGUGGCUUUGCAAUUUCAGGAUUCAAUGUGAAUCACUUGGACAUAGCCCCACGUUAUGCCAGCAUUCUGAUGGGGAUCUCCAAUGGUGUGGGGACGCUGUCAGGCAUGGUGUGCCCACUCAUCGUUGGUGCAAUGACAAAACAUAAGACCCGGGAAGAAUGGCAAAACGUCUUUCUGAUCGCAGCCCUGGUACAUUACAGUGGAGUGAUAUUCUAUGCUAUCUUUGCUUCUGGGGAGAAGCAGGAAUGGGCUGACCCUGAAAACCUCAAUGAAGAGAAAUGUGGCAUAAUUGAUCAGGAUGAACUAGCUGAAGAAACAGAGAUGAACAAUGAAACUUUUGUAAGUCCAAAGAAAACGUACGGUGCUACCAGUCAAAACAGUGAAAUACAGAGAAGGGAAUGGAAAAAGCAAAAGCAAGUAACUCAAGACAUCGAAGAACAGACUUCUUACUAUUAUGAAAACGGAAAUUUUCAAGAUUUGUCAUAAUGCUUGAAAUUGUAAGGUUUGUAUAGCAGCUACUCCCAUCCCCCCUUCUGCCUAGCUGCCCCAAAUCAUCUGGUAUCCACAUUUAUUUUCUUAUUCAAUUGUGUAACAUCUGGCCACGUGGCUAGAUGCGACGGGUGGUAGUUCCCUUCUAAUAGCAUGGAAGAAGGCUAACAACAAUGGGACUGAGAGAAGUGAUACUAAAUCCUUGCUCAGCCACUGUAUCCCCUUGGGAGGGGCUCCUGCACCCAUUAGGAGAUGACCAGCCCUGGCACAAAUCGUGCCUGGUGCAAGCCUAUGACCGUAGGACCAAGGAGUGUCCUCAUCUUCUCACCUGAACAAGAAAGGAUAAGGUCAUAUCAGGCAGUGGAUCCACAGUGAUAUAUGUAAUUUCUGGGACUCCAGUGGCAUGAAAGUCUGCCCUGAGUGGCCCUGCUUUGCCUUUUUAGGAGUCCUAUAGGUUGGCAUUUGAGCUGCUUAGCCCAUGUCAAACUGCAAGCUCAUGCUGAAAGAAAAGCAGUUUUACUGCAGUACACUGUAACUGAUUACUAACAGUCACUCAAUAACAGGAACAUUAACAGGAACAUGUAGCAGAGGGGGCACAGUAUUGCUUCAACAGCUCCUUCAAACUGAUUGACAGUCUGCUUUAUAUGCAUAGCCCACAGAGUCUGGAUAAGGCAAUAAAAUGGAUACUUGUGAGAUUUCUCCCCCCCCCGCCCCCCCCAGAUUUUGUGCUGGCAUGAAAUAAUUUUGAAUACAAAAUCAUCGUUAGUGAUGCAAUAUUAUUAAUCCUUAUGAAAGGAAAUCUUAGUCCUGUUGGGAUUAGGUUUCUCACUCAAUUAAUUAUUGUGAAGUAAUUUAAAUAUAUUUUUCUAGUAUUAUACUGAUAGAGUUCUGGCCUCAAGACCAACAAUCCUCUUUUAGGUGAAUGAGCUUACUUACACGAGUAAAGUCUUUGGUUCUGGAUCUGUAACAUUUCAAUGCCUCAGUCUUACUGUUGCUACAAAUGAAGUACUGUACCAUUUGAGAGUUAACAGCGUAUGUGUGUCUGAAAGUAAUUUUAUUUUGCCAUUGGUAUAUGAUUGAGAGUAUAAAGUGGCUUUAGCCUUUUUCUACCAUUUUUAGAAUCAACCAGUGAAGCAUGCUGUAUCAUCUCAAGCAGUUAGCUGCAACUCAGAGACUCAUUGUGGCAUUAAUACUCUUUUCAGAAUUGAGAUUUUUCAGUAAGCUGUGAUUUAAUUUGUCUUUCAUUAUGAUUACUGCCUCAUUAAAUUCAAGUGAAAGCUCUCCUGUCUAGCCUACGAUGUGCUUUGUGAUGUUUUAGUAUUAUUGUUCUCAUGUACCAUAUAUAGCCACUGUGAUGCACAUGAGAUUUGAACAUUUCUAAUAUGCAUUUUGUUAUUUUGUUGAAGUUCAACUGAAUACCAUGAGUGGAAUUACA